CCAAUCAAAGUUCAUUCUCCUGAAAUGUAAAUGUGUGCUGAAUCAAAUCAAAUCUAUGGGAAAGUAAUUCCACUGAGAGUUACAGGAGCCUAAUGUGGGUCAUUGGGCUCCCCUUGAUAAGGAAGGUUGCUCAAUAAAUACAGUAGUUCUAAGAUUUGAAUGAAAUACAGUUAUCUGCCAUUCUCUAUGCGAAGGUGGUCUCAUUGACUCGUUGGAAAAUCGGCAGAUUUCACUGAGCAAACAACUUACUCAUCAUCAGUCAGAAGUUAAUUGCGGGGGAAAGUUCAAUAUCUAUUGCUGCCUGCUUCCUCACUCCUCAUAUAACUGCAGUCAGUGGGCAAGAGAUACAUCACUGGUAGUUUAUUUUCUGCAUAUUCUCACAACCUGGCUGUAAGUCCUUACAUUACCGACUUCAACUGACUAUGGACAUGGAAGAGGCUCUCAACAGCACCAUCCAUCCAAGCUGUUUAGAAGAACCUCCGCUGGCUAUCGAUGUCAUAAAGCAGCUGGAUGUCUUUGGUGUGGCUCUGUACUCCAUGCUGACCCUCAUGUCUACGCUGUCCCUACUGCUCUACCUGGAGGAGUGUGUGUUUAUCUAUAGAAAAGUCCCAUCUCCUAAGAAGACAACUAUUAUGUGGGUCAAUGGUGCUGCACCGGUCAUUGCCACCAUGGCUUGUUUUGGGAUGUGGAUACCAAGGGCUACCAUGUUUACAGAUAUGACGUCCAAUUCGUACUUUGCAGUGGUGGUGUAUAAGAUCUUGGUUCUGAUGAUAGAGGAGAGUGGGGGUAGUGAGGCCUUUCUGAAGAGCAAUGCCCAGAAAACCUUCAAGAUCAGUGUAGGACCCUGCUGCUGCUGCUGUCCCUGCUUGCCACGCGUUCCAGUCACACGGUACAUGUUAUUCUUGCUGAAGCUGGGGGCUCUUCAGUAUGCUAUCUUAAAGACAGUCCUCUCAAUUGUGUCCAUAAUAUUGUGGACCAACGGCAACUUUGAUCUUUCUGAUCUGGAGAUCACAGGCACGGCUAUUUGGAUCAACCCAUUUAUAGGUGUUCUCACCAUCAUCUCCCUCUGGCCUGUCGCCAUCAUGUUCAUGAACAUAUGCAACACACUGCGCAGCAUCAGGAUCAUACCUAAAUAUGCCAUGUACCAGUUGGUGCUGGUGCUCAGUCAGCUGCAGACGGCCAUCAUUAACAUCCUGGCCUUGGAUGGAACCAUCGCCUGCUCCCCGCCAUUCUCCUCUAGUGCCCGUGGUACCAUGUUGAGUCAGCAGCUAAUGAUCUUGGAAAUGUUCAUCAUUACCCUGGUGACACGGGCGUUGUACCGCCGUACCUAUGACUCUCUUCCCACCGACCCCCACGAGACCGACAACGACCAGAACAGCAAGAUCAGCCUGCAGGCCCCAGAGGGGGAGCACACUGUCUGAGAGAUUGGGGUUGAGUGAGAGGGAGAGUGGUGGUGUGUGUGUGUGCGUGUGUGCGUUAAAGAAAGAGAGAGGGACUCUCUACCAAACAUUUACACUAUUGUUUUACUUGUAUAUUAAUUUUGUUUUGAUGGUGUGAUACUGUAUAUUCUGCUGUUCUAGUUGUUGGUUA